UCUUCGAAAUUUUUGUCUAUGGUGUGUGUCCAUUGUUUUUCUACAAUGUUAUUUUUCUGACUGCUGCUGGUGGACGAAAAAUUUAUCUCGCUGCGUCGAGUGUGGGUUUGUGCUAGUGUUCGUGUUCGAUAUAGUGAUUUAUUCGGAAUAGAUCACGAAGAUGUCGUCACCGAGCGCUGGGAAACGUCGGAUGGACACGGACGUCAUAAAACUUAUUGAAAGCAAACACGAAGUAACAAUACUCGGGGGCCUGAACGAGUUCUGUGUGAAAUUCUUCGGACCUCCAGGAACUCCUUACGAAGGUGGCGUAUGGCGGGUGCGAGUCCACUUGCCCGACCACUACCCAUUCAAGUCGCCGUCCAUCGGCUUCAUGAACAAAGUCUACCAUCCGAACAUCGACGAAGUGUCCGGCACUGUGUGUCUGGACGUCAUCAACCAAGCCUGGACAGCUUUAUACGACUUGUCGAACAUAUUCGAGUCCUUCCUACCGCAGCUCCUGACGUACCCCAACCCUAUCGACCCUCUGAACGGUGAUGCCGCUGCCAUGUACCUCCACAAACCUGAGGAAUACAAAAAAAAGGUUUCCGACUACGUAAAACGCUUCGCGACAGAAGAAGCCCUGUUAGAAAAGGACGCGAUAACCGGCGCCGGGGCCGCGACACGUAACGGUGCUAACAGCGACACCGAGUCCUCGAUGUCCGAGUUUAGUGAUGACGAGGCCCACGAUAUGGAGUUAUAACGCUUGGAGGCCGCCCGCCCGCCCGUCGUGUACUUGCAAGCUGGACUCUACUAAACGAUACUCUCGGUACCGAUCAGACGAGUGAUUGACAUUCGUUAAACAUGUCAGGAAUUUCAAGUCCGGUACUACAUAGUUGCGUGACUGUUAUCGAGUUGUCUUGUAUCUUAUUGAAUAGCCGUGUCAUUUAUCAAAUAGCCGGGUCACUUAUUGAAUAGUCUUGUCACUUAAUGAAGUCGUCAUUGAUGAUAUCACGUCGCUGGGUACCUAUUGUCUCCGCCAU